CACGCCCCCACCUGCCUUUCCCGCCGCCAUCAUGGCCGCCAUGGCGGCCGCGCUCCUGGCGCUCCUGGCGCCUGUCACCGCGCUGCAGGUGACGGUGACGGAGCGGCGGACGGUGGCCCUCCUCUUCCAGCCCGUGGUCCUGCGGUGUCACUACCGCACGGUGUCCCCGGAGCCACCGCCCAUCGUCACCUGGAAGUACAAAUCCUUCUGUCCCCAAAGCGGUGGGGACAACGGCGUCGUUAGGGACGAGGACGAGGAGGUGGCACCGUGUCCCGACGGCGCCCGCACCGUCCGGAUCGUGGCCACCAAACAAGGGGACGUUGUCACCCUCGGGGACUUCUACAGGGGACGGAGUGUCACCAUCCGGGGAGCGGCGGAGCUGAGCCUGGGCCCCGCGGCCUGGGGGGACAGUGGCCUCUACAUCUGCACCGUCACCUCCAUCAACGACCUCCAGGGCAAUAACGAGGCCCAGGCCCAGCUCAUCGUACUGGGGUCACUGCCCGAAGGCACCGAACUGCUCCCGGGGGGGGGGAGGGGAACCCCGGAAGACUGGUUGUUUGUCAUACUGGUGUUACUGGGAGCGGCACUGGUGUUACUGGGAUUGGGGCUGUGUUGGUGCCAGUGCUGUCCCCACACCUGCUGCUGUUUCCUGCGGUGUCCCUGUUGUCCCCAACGCUGCUGCUGCCCCGAGGCCCUUUACCUGGCAGGGAAAGCGGCCACAGCCGGAGCGUACGGCCCCCCCGGCCCCCCCCCUCGUCCUGCAGCCCCUCGCGAGCAGCCACAGCUCUCAGGUCCCCCUUCUGCGCGACAGCGAUGGCAGCGUCAUCUCCGGCCCCCCCUCGGUCCCCCCCUCGGUGCUGCGGUAUCUGGAGGAGCAGCUGAUCACCUGCGAGCCCCGGGGGCGUUGGCCCCCCCCCAGGACAGGUGAGUACUGGAAAGGGGG